AUGGUUGUCCUUGGUGCCUCAAGGGUGGGCAAAAGUUCCAUUAUCUCACGGUUUCUUAAUGGAAGAUUUGAAGAGCAGUAUACCCCUACCAUUGAAGAUUUUCAUCGCAAGUUAUAUAAUAUAAAGGGAGAAAUGUAUCAACUGGAUAUUUUAGAUACAUCUGGAAACCACCCAUUUCCAGCUAUGAGAAGGCUUUCUAUACUAACAGGUAAAAAUGUGCAUUGUCAUGGUUUCGAGUGUACUGUAUUAAAAGUAAUGUGCUAUUUUCUAGUGUAUAUUGCGGUAAGCACUUGUUAUCUUCCUUUGCAAGAUCUGCCUGAUGUCAUUGCUUCUAAUUGUAGUGGUCAUCUCACACUUGUGAUAUGUUGCGCUGUGUAA